CUGAACCUUCUCCCAGAUACCACAUUAGGCAAGGUCGCCAUUUUCGUCAACAUUUCGAAAUAUAAUUUUGUUGCUAACAGUCCCAUACAAUAGGAGCUAUAUAAGAUCAUUAUUAGGAACCCUUGCAUAUGUAGGUUCUAGCACAGAAAUGUAUUCCGAGUAUUUGCCAAUGCUUCUGUGGAAACCGCGACACCAUAUGUGGAAUAUCGGAGUAAUGCGCAAAAUCUGAUAAUCCGUGUAUCCGUUUGACAAGACUGCCGGUUACUUAUAGAGCAGAUUAAAUGGCAAGUCAAACAGAACAGCCAGUAGAAAAUAGGAUUAAACUUUCAUCUACCAAAUGUGAAAUCCCACCUCGAUUGCGUCAUCGUUCGCGAUGCUCAGAAUCGGAAAGCACUGGAGGACAGGGGAUUUCAGCUGGGGAAUCUGUAGUUCAAACCCACAUACCAAUACAAGCUAUGUCUGAUCCACACUCAGUGGGUCCAGAAUCCAAUCAGUCAUCACGAAGUACCAAAGGACAACCAGAAAACAACAAGAAAAAAACAGUUUCGAGUACAUCAUCAGUGUUCAAAUUACUGGCUUCUGAACUAACACGAGGUUAUUACCUGGAAGGAGAUGAAAGCCAUUAUGAAGAACGAAGAGAACGGGUGUACACUUUUAUGCAGACACCACGGGAACUGGAAAAGUUUUGUCUGUUUGGAUUUCUACAGUGUCUAGAUGCCUUUCUUUUCAUCGUCACUUUUCUUCCACUGCGCAUUGUCAUGGCAGCUGUGAGACUACUUACACAUCCGUGUAUGACUUUACUUCAUGGGUCACGCCGGGUGUUGCAGCCUGCACAAGUGUGUGACAUGCUCAAAGGUUUGAUGGUUGUCAUUAGCUGUGCAGUCAUCAGCUGUGUAGAUACAUCCAUGAUGUACCACAUUGUUCGUGGACAGGCAGUCAUCAAACUCUAUGUCUUUUACAACAUGCUGGAUUUGUUUGACAGGCUGGUGUCUGGCUUUGGUCAAGAUAUUUUGGAUGCACUUUAUUGGACAGCCACUGAACCAAAGGCAAAUCGACGGCGAGAAAGUAAGAUGGGUGUUAUCUGUCACUUUAUUGUGGCUGUAUUUUACAUCCUUCUUCAUACUAUGCUCAUCUUGUGUCAAGCCACUGUGCUGAAUGUGGCUUUUAACUCGCAUAACAAAGCCUUACUCACCAUAAUGAUGUCAAACAAUUUUGUGGAAAUCAAGAGCAGUUUGUUUAAGCAUGUGGAUCAUAACAGUUUGCUGUACAUCUCCUGCAGUGAUGUAAAGGAGCGUUUUCAUUAUAGCAUUCUACUGCUGGUUGUUUUUGUGCGCAACAUGACAGAAUUUCAUUGGAAUCCAGAUCAUAUAUGGGUCAUACUUCCAGAUACUCUGAUGGUUUUAGGUGCAGAGGUCCUUGUUGACUGGAUCAAACAUGCCUUCAUCACAAAAUUUAAUGAAAUUUCAGCAGAGUCCUACCGUAAGUUCACAGUAAAUCUUGCACAAGACAUGGUUACCAGUCGUCAGAAGCAUGCUUUCACAGACUAUUCAGAUCAGGUUUCUCGGCGCUUGGGUUUUACACCCAUGCCACUGUUGUGUCUUUUAUACCAUGUGUGUAGCAGAUCUGUACAAGUUACAGGGAUUUUGGGAAUAAUACUAGUUAUUCUCUUCUAUAUGUGUUUAGUGACCGUCAAGAUUCUGACAUCCAUUUUCCUGCUUAGCUGGGGUUGUCAUCUCCUGGAAAAGGACCAGCAGAAGGGUCAGCAGACUGACCCCACAGAGGUCAACUCACAGGUCAUUGCCAAAAAGGAUUCAAUGGCGAGGGAAAAACAUUCACCCACAAAACUUUCAAGGCCUACUUCUGCAAAUGAUCUAAGUAGCCUUGAUUCAGACAGAUAUGUUGCAUCUGUAGGCAGCCAAGAGGAGUUUUUACUGGCUUACGAAGAUGAUGGCCAGGCAGAAGAUGAGACCUGGUAUCUAGACUCAGUUAGUGACCAAGUUACCUCACAACCAAGCCUUAAUGUGCACUCGCCAUUGCCUUCUGUGGUAUGUCAUCAGCAUCAAGAGUUACUGCUUGCUUCUGCAGAGAAUGCUGAUGUUCAGGAUGAUGAAGGUUUCAAUAGUUCACUAUACAAUUCAGUCAGUGCUGUGAAUCAGACUUCUGCCAAUUUGUCUGUAACAGACUACGAUGAAGAGAAAAAGUACAAGUGAUUUUCUUCUUCAGACAAUUAGACUUUUGGGUGUAAGGGGUGGCAAGAUUUCCUAUAUGCCACACACGUUUCUUUAUCUUUAUUUCUUUUAGGUCCCCUUGAGGACUAUGUUUUUCAUUGCAUUGAUUUAUAACUGAAAUUUUAGUCAUGUAUGAAAAAUUAUGUUCCAUCAAAGAGGAAUUAAAUGUCUCAUGGGAUGUGUUAUUGAUCAUGUAUGAGAAAAUUGUGGAGUUUUCCAUGAUGUUAAACAUUGGACUUUCUAAAUGAAACGAGGUAGCUGGAAAAUGUUGUGUCAUAUUUCCUAUCCUAUACACUUGUAGUCACACUAUGCCAUUUUAAAGGCAGUUAGAAUAUUAGCUAUAGGAGUUGAAAACUUUCCCACAAGAAAUUGUGUAUGAUAUUGCAUUAAAAAAACUUAAUGCAUGGCAGCUUAUUUUUAAAUUUAUUGCACUUUAUAAUAAUGGCUAAAAAUAUUUAAAGUCAAAGGACUCAGGGUUAUCAUCUUGGAGCCAGAAGAAUUGCUAUGGAAAUAAUAGACCUUUUCUGAAAGGCAAUGCCACUUUUAAAGUCAGGUUUUCUGGGUUAUUCUGUGCCUACUAUUUCUAUAAAUUAUAAAUGUAAGAUCUUGGGAAAAGAUCUCAUGCCUUUCAUUUUUCUGCAAGCAUUGUUUUAUUAGAUGUUUAUUGUUUUUCUAUUGUUGGGUUUUUUUCAUUAUCUUGGCCUUGAGAAAGUGGCUUUUUAAUGGACAGGUUUUUAUGUUUCUCUCAUAUUUCUGCAUUUGGACAAAGAGUUAAAAUGCCUAGUAAUGUUGAAUUAGGAAUUUCAUUUAGAAACAAGUGCAAGUACUUUUUCCCCCUACAUUUAAAGGUUUCUGUCUGAAACUUCGAGAAUGCAAAUUUUUAAAUACUUCUUAAUUUAAAAAUUGUGAAAAAGUUUUCUUGUAACUUAUUGUUAGAAACAUGCACAAUAACAUUCCCCAGAAUAUAGUCUGAAUAAACGUUUGCUACAUCACUGGUAAA